CAGCAUCCUGUGUGGAGGGGAGCUUUUGGGGGGCUCUAGCUGAUCAGUGUGUCAGGCCCACUGCAAAGCCGUAGGAGUAAAGUGAUUAGAGGAACUUCAGCUGUUUUGCUCCCUGUGAAUGGCCCUCUUUCAUCAGGAUGUGCAGGGACAAGGGCCUUUUUAAACCCAAAUAUCAGGGAAGGACGAGAGUUCCACCAGAGCCAUUUGCCGUCUGGGUGGGAACGCCAUCGGGACCGGGACUCUGCUUUCCUGGACGGCUCCGUCCAGCCUCUUCUUCAGACGUUUAUCCUUCUCUGGAGGGCGGGAAAGGCAGGGGCUGGGGGCAGUUCAAUUCAUGAUGUGACCACAGCAGUCCCGGACCUUUUCUGUUGUACUGACGUCUGCACCUCCAGCCAGCCAGCUCCCUACUUCUGCUCUUCAGAGGUUUCCAGCCCAAGUUAGAAAUGUAAGGGAAACCAAGGGGAAUUUUUGCCCAUGAUUUCCAAGGCAAAGGUCACCGUCAAUGGUUGGCUGUUUCCAGAGGGCUCAGGUUUCUGCUUAAGUGAGAGUUUUUUCAUGGUGAAAGGAGCAGCCCUCUUCUUACAACAGGGAAGCAGCCCUCAAGGCCAGCGGAGUCUUCAGCAUCCCCACAAGCAUGCAGGGGACCUGCCUCAACAUCUUCAAGUAAUGAUCAACCUUCUGCGUUGUGAAGAUAGAAUCAAGCUGGCCGUGCGCUUGGAGAGCGCCUGGGCUGAGCGGGCCCGCUACAUGGUGGUGGUGGACAGCAGCGGGCGCCAGGACACGGAGGAGAGUAUCCUGCUGGGAGUCGACUUUUCCAGUAAGGAAAGUAAAAGCUGUACCAUUGGGAUGGUUCUCCGACUGUGGAGCGACACAAAAAUCCACCUUGACGGAGACGGUGGAUUCAGCGUCAGCACGGCAGGAAGGAUGCACAUCUUCAAGCCCGUGUCUGUCCAGGCCAUGUGGUCUGCCCUGCAGGUCCUCCACAAGGCCUGCGAGGUGGCACGCAGGCACAACUACUUCCCCGGGGGCGUGGCGCUGCUCUGGGCCUCCUACUACGAGAGCUGCAUUGGCUCCGAGCAGAGCUGCAUCAACGAGUGGAACGCCAUGCAGGACCUGGAGUCCACGAGGCCCGACUCCCCCGCCCUGUUCGCGGACAAGCCAACUGAAGGGGAGAGGACGGAGCGUCUCAUCAAAGCCAAACUCCGGAGCAUCAUGAUGAGUCAGGACCUGGAGAACGUGACGUCCAAGGAAAUCCGUAAUGAAUUAGAGAAACAGAUGAACUGUAACUUGAAAGAAUUCAAGGAAUUCAUAGACAACGAGAUGCUCCUUAUCUUGGGACAGAUGGACAAGCCCUCCCUCAUCUUCGACCACCUUUAUCUCGGCUCUGAAUGGAAUGCAUCCAAUCUGGAGGAACUGCAGGGCUCAGGUGUUGACUACAUUUUAAACGUCACUAGAGAAAUAGAUAAUUUUUUCCCUGGCUUAUUUGCGUAUCAUAACAUCCGAGUCUAUGAUGAAGAGACCACAGACCUCCUCGCCCACUGGAACGAGGCGUACCAUUUUAUAAACAAAGCAAAGAGGAACCACUCCAAGUGCCUGGUACAUUGCAAAAUGGGCGUCAGUCGCUCUGCUUCCACGGUCAUAGCCUACGCGAUGAAGGAAUUUGGCUGGCCCCUGGAGAAAGCCUACAACUACGUGAAGCAAAAGCGCAGCAUCACACGCCCCAACGCGGGCUUUAUGAGGCAGCUGUCUGAGUAUGAAGGCAUCUUGGACGCCAGCAAACAACGGCACAACAAGCUGUGGCGCCAGCAGCCUGUGGAUGACCCAGCGGGGCCUGGGGACUUCCUGCCGGAGACCCUGGACGGCAGCCCGGAAGCCCAGCCGCCCUGCCUGGACGCCGCCGCCCAGCCUGGGUUCCCGGGCAGCGGGACCCCGGGGGGACCCGCUCUCCCCUGCUGUCUCCGGCGACUCUCAGACCCCCUGUUGCACUGCCCCAGAGACGAGACGGGCGGCUGGGUCCACCUGGAGGAUCUGGAGAGGGAUGCUCUGCUGGAAGAAGCCGCUCAGCCGGCAGAGGCAUCCAAGCCGGCCGGACACGCCCCAGGAGGUCCUGGACUCUGUGAGAAGGAAGUGAAGAAGAAACCAGAGUUUGGGAGCCCCCACGCCCGGGGUGGCGCGUCGCCACAGGUGGAGGAGAUGGAAAGGGAGGAGGCCCCGGGAGCAGGGAAGUGGGGGCAGCCUGUUACUGAGCUCGAUAACCUGCUGAAUUGGGAAAACCUAAAUAACAACAACAGCAAGAGGAGCUGCCCGGACGACUUCGAGCACGAUGCGAUCUUUGGGAUCCUUAACAAAGUGAAGCCUUCCUACAAAUCCUGCGCCGACUGCAUGUACCCUGCAGCCAGCGGGAUUCCCGAGGCCUUCGGGGAGCGAUGCAAGAACCCCGGUGCUCCCGCCAUCUGCACCCAGCCCACCUUCCUGCCCCACCUCACGUCUUCCCCCAUGGCCCAUGUGGCCAGCAGGUCCCGAGCUUCAGAGAAACUGUCCUCUGGCCCAACCGAAACUCCCCCAUGCCUACCACCAGCAGGCUCGAGGAGGCCAGACAUCAGUAGCCCUGGGGCUGCGGCUGCCCCAGAGCUACCAGCCAGCCUUUUGGAACCUUCCAGAGAGACUCACAAAGUCCUACCAAAGUCCCUCCUUUUGAAGAAUUCUCACUGUGUUAAGAACGCUCCCAACAUGGAAGUAGCGAAGGACGACUCGCCACCCAAGAAAGAUCCGAAGCCAGCCAAGGACCUGCGGCUCCUGUUCAGUAAAGAAGCCGAGAAACCGACAGCCAACAGCUACCUGAUGCAGCACCAGGAAUCCAUCAUCCAGCUGCAGAAGGCGGGCUUGGUCCGCAAGCACACCAAAGAACUAGAGAGGCUGAAGGGCACGCCGGCCGACCUGGCGGCCCCCUGCAAGGAUGGCCCCGCCAGCAGGCUGGAGGCCAGCAUCCCCGAGGAGAGCCAGGACCCGGCUCUGCCUGGCCAGGCCCAGGGCGACGAGAAGCCCGAGGCUGGCCCCCCUCCGUCAGAAGGAGCCCCACUGAAGAGCCCCCCGCUCUUCCUCUGCCGCCCAGACCACACCAGUCACUUCUCAAAAGACUUCCUGAAGACCAUCUGCUACACCCCGACCUCAUCCUCCAUGAGCUCCAACCUGACCCGGAGCUCAAGCAGCGACAGCAUCCACAGCGUCCGUGGGAAGCCCGGGUUGGUGAAGCAGCGCACGCAGGAGAUCGAGACCCGGCUCCGGCUGGCGGGCCUCACGGUCUCGUCCCCGCUCAAGCGCUCUCACUCCCUCGCCAAGCUCGGGAGCCUCAACCUCUCGACGGAGGACCUGUCCAGUGAGGCCGACGUGUCCACCGUGGCUGACUCCCAGGAUGCCAGGUUGAGCGAGUCUUCCUUCUUGCAUGAGCCCCCAGUGGCCCCCAGGAACCCAACUGCAACCUCUAAACCAUCAGGGAAAUCUGCCCCGGAAAACUUGAAAAGCCCUUCGUGGAUGAGCAAAAGCUGACCCGCCUUUGGCUGCGUUUGGACUUCUGUGAUCCCUCCUUUAGUUUCACUGUGGAUUUUGGUCCACCCCUUCUGCCUUGAUUUCCUUUAAAUAAUUGGCGUUAUCCUUACUUUUCCUCCCCUCUUGCGGCAAAGGGGAGAAGAAGAAACAACAAUACCUAACAUACAGCACAAGAAGAAAGGGGAGCAUUGGUUUUGUGGCCUGGGGGAACCAGCAGCUGUUGACCAGUAGACUCUGACUCCAAAUGAGGUGUUCCGGGUGCUUCUUGUGUGUUAAGAAGAGCAUUUAUACAGCGAUGCACACACAUCAAAAAUCCUCUGGCACGGGGCUUCCCUGGUGGCGCAGUGGUUAAGAAUCCGCCUGCCAAUGCAGGGGACACGGGUUCGAGCCCUGGCCCGGGAAGACCCCACAUGCCGCAGAGCAACUAAGCCCGUGCGCCACAACUACCGAGCCUGCGCUCAUAGAGCUCACGCUCCGCAACAAGAGAAGCCACGACAAUAAGAAGCCCGCUCACCGCAGUGAAGAGCAGCCCCUGCUCGCCACAACUAGAGAAAUCCCGUGCACAGCAAUGAAGACCCAACACAGCCAAAAAACAAAACAUCCUCCGGCACAACCUGCAAAGGAAUAGCUGUGGCAUUGGCAUCGCCACCACGGCACGUGUCCUAGCUCAUUCAGGCCCUUCUGGGAAAACUCCUGGAUGGCAGUAGAAGUCCUACCUCUGAUCCUGCUCUGCUUUUUAUUUUUAAACUCCAAUAAUGACCAAGGCUCAUUCCAGGGAAAAAUGCUGUGUCAGAAAAGAUUUUUCCGAAAGAGAACUUUCUGUUGUGCGGUUGUCAGGACCCCAAAAAGUAUUAAGACUUUUAAGGUGCCUGCGCCAAACACUGCUAGUUAAAGUGACACGAAGGCGCGAAUGCUGCUGUCAGACCGACUCCAGGGUGAGUGGAGGUCCUCUGAGCAGCUGACUUGCCUGUCCUGGCGUGUUGUCACAGCUGAGUGACGUGUGUCUGGCCGGCCCUGGGGUGAGGUGGGGGGAAAUGUGUGUGGGGUCCUCAGUUUGUUGCUAAAGGUCAGUCUUCAGUUGUCCCCCAUCUGGGGAGAAGGACCCACAAAGUAUCAUUGAGUCUUAUCUGCUGCGGAACCCAAUGCGGUCGUGUUGUGGUUCGUAGGGACUCAAGUGUCUGGCGGGGCCGGGGAUUCUGAGAUGUGGGUCACCCCGUCAGGAGCCCCAGCACUCAGGUUCAUUAGGUCACAUGUACUCACGUUUGGGGAGGAAAAGGAGAUUGCAGCAGUGAGGAACGCUCAGUCACUCUCAAGGAACAACUUAGCAGCAGCUUCUCUGAGAAGUGGGACUGGGGGAAGCCCUGGCAGACGUUUACAGUCGCCCCUUCCUGCGGUGAGAACGCUGCUUCCUGCUUCUCUGCGGCUCUUCCCAGUGGGCAGGACAGCGCGUGGUCCUGAGUGUCUGGGAGUAGUCCCUCCAAGGAUCUUGAGUGGAGGGACUCCUCUGAUGUUGGCCAGCAAGGCAGGAUGUUAAAAUAUUUUGGAGAGAGAGAAGAGGUCUGUUAAGUUUAAUUCAGGGGUCAGCAAACCAUGGUGUAUGGCCCCAAGAGCUAAGAUUGUUUUUUAUAGUUUUAAGGGAUUAUCAAAAAAUUAACAAAUAGGCGACAGAGACCAUGUAGCCUGCAAAGCCUAAGCUAGCUACCUUGCGAUCAGGCUCUUUAUAGAAAACUUUCGCCGAGCCCUGGCCAGUGAAACUAGAAAUCCUUCAAGGGCCAGCCAAAUUCCAAACGUGGGCAAAUGAGUCGCCCUCUUACGCUGGUCAGAACCGGGCCCCCAAGAGUAGCCCAGGCAGGGUCUGCAGGAAGAAGGCUAGUCCGUAUUUCAGCUAGUGGGUAGAGUUUUUGCAAAAACCCUCUCUCCAGAAACUUUUUCUCCCUGGCCUUAUUUUUUUUAUUAAAGUAUACGUUAUUUUACCCUAUCGGAAUUUGUUUUCCCACCACUGUCAACUGAAAUCAGCUUAAAAGGUGAUUAUCCACUUAUUGCGGAAAACCCAGUUGGGUUUCCUCCUCUCUCUCAGCCAACAAGAGCACAGUCUCAAAAAAUAUAUAUCAGGUUCAGCGUUUUGCCAAAUUAAAUUUCAUGUGGUGGAUCAACUUUUGUGUCAAAAUAAUUCUUUAAAUUUGAUGAUGCCAGGCUUAUGUUGGUUUUUUAACCAUGCCUGGGUAUGAUAUAGUUUUGAAGACCUUAAUUUUGAAAGCCAUAAUUCUUCUUAUCCAGUUAAAGGGUGGGAGGAGGAUUACGAAUACUAGUGGGUCUCUGGCUUUUGGCAAAGUUAUCCAUUCGCUGUCAGGAGCUAGUCUAUCGGUAUCUAAACAGACCGGGGCCCAGGUGCCCAUCAUCAGAGCAAAAUUGAUGGAUGACACUGUAGCCUGGAGAAGAGGGUGAAGGCUUUUCUCUGAGACCCAGAUCAGCGGCACACAAACAUAUGGCAGAUUGCUAUUUUAAAUGUUAUACUAACAAGACAAGAGCAUUCUCCCAGGCUUGGAGACACCUUGGCAAAGACAGAUUCCUACCGGUCUCUGAAAAGAAAGCUUACGCCGUAAGCUGUGCCACAUCUUGACCAGUGCUUCACCUGUAAGCUUAGCAGAUGGGGGAGAUUCCGAAUGUAGGCGGCAGUGGUUUAUGCUGUGAAAGUCACUGAUUUUGGUGACCGCCAUCUUCGUGGAAUGCCUUUGUCGAACUAGGCGAGAACAAAAGCUUUCUAAAUAAGCUCAGUACCCUGUGAAUUCAGCUGCAUUUCCUCUUCCACCUCACCUUUCCCUCCCUUGCACUCUCAUUCACGUGGCAUGCCAAAAUUAGAGCGAACUCCUCUAGGUCUUCCUCUUGCAACGAUACAGGGAGGUCUUCUCAUCAAGUUUUGUUGUGUCGAAGAGGAGAGGUGGUCACAGAGAGAGGGGAAACCGUGCUGCCCUUGAUCGGGACCUGACCUUGCCGAUUUCCAUGUCUUUGUCUUGUAGCUACUUCAGGGCCUUGGAGCAAUGUGCAUCAUUCCAUGAACUUCUUGACAACAAGGUUCUUGCCCCCAGUCUCACCUGCCUCCUUGGUCUCAGUGCAGGCACCAGUGCCAACCUCUCGGCUGCCAGACAGCUCUCUGCUGGGUGGAGGUACCCGGUCCAUCAGGCCAGCAGGUUACUCUGUCCAGCUCCCUUCCGCUCCAUCCCACCCUCUCCAGCUAAAAAGCAUUCCAGCCCUUUCUAAAGCCUUUUCCCUCCUGGAUAAGCCCAGAGGAUGCCUGGGAUGGAACCAAAGAGGCCAUAGAAUUAACAUCGUCAGGACAACCCUGUACGUCGGCACUGUGCACAGGUGCCAUCCCAGGAGGCUGAUGGAUCCCCUGCUCCCCUGGGGCCCCUGCUCCCUAGUGAGAGGAAAUGCUGUCAUGUAGUCGAGAGCAUGUGAGUAACCUCACCCAAAGUGUCCGAAGAGUGACUUGCUGUCUGUUGGCUGGAAACGUUUGGUACCAGAACACAUUUCCCAGAACCCUGCUCUGGCUCGCCACCCGGCAGGGCUUCCCCGCCCCCACGCGGCCGGCACAGUGACGGCCGCCCCUUCACCUCCGGCAGGGGAGCCAGGCGGGCAGGAGAUUUGUGACAUCGGGACAGCGUGGUGCAGGGUCACCGGCUGCUGUCCCACCCCCAGCGUCUCCCCGACGCGGCAUGCCAAAUGAAGGUACUUAUGGACCCCCGUGCUCAGCUCCUUGGUCUUUUUAUUGUCUGCUCUGCAGUUGAAUACGUAUAUGUAUGAGUUCACUCUGCACAAAUAUAUAUAUUUGAAUCUGUCUCUCUAUCACUUGAAUCAGAGCAUCACGUGCAUCCCUCCUCCCUCACGUACACGCACACCGUGUCACCCGAGCUAUGAAGCGGGUCACCUUGAACGGUCUGGAGCGACACAGUGCGGUGCUGCCCUCGGUGGGUGUGGAUGUGACCACCUCGUCUUUGUCUUGCAGUGGGUGCUGCAGCCCCGGCCUGUGUCGGUCUCUUAGCAGGAGUCUUAGAACCAGACCCCCGGUCCUCUGCUGUCCUUUCUGUCGGCCGCGCUGCUCACGGAGAUGGCUGCUCCCUCCCUGCCUCCUUCCUGACACUGUAAUUAUUGUUUUACAAUCGAGUGCCUUAAUAAUAGUUUACAAAUACUGUGUAUUUAUGGGCAACCGUUAAGCUCUCGCCUUCUGUGAUUGGAUACUUUGCCUCGUCAGUGGUGGUUGGCGUUUUUAGGGCUGGAGCUUGCCUGCCCCAUGCUUGUGCUGGUCUGUUGUGCGGCUUCUCGCACCUGCCCGCAGCCAGGCCAGGAGCGUUGCUAGAAACGGCGCUGGCGGUUUCUGUUGGCAAGGCGGGCACGGUUUCAGCCACGGCCUGGUCCGUAGUAAGCGAGGAAAGAACGGGAUUGGUUUGCUGGCCAGCCGGGGGGUGGUGGCGCGGUCCAGGCUCCCCCUGGACCGCAGCCCAGCCCCUUCCCUGUUCCCCCCAUCACGCAACUGUACUCCUGUUCAGUAGAGUUUUUAUUACCACCUAGGCCCCCCCUGUUUUCCUCUCUACUGGUGUCCUGAGCUCUUUGCAACAAAAUGCAGGUACAGACCGCCAUCAGGAGCUCCACAAGAUGGGCUGCCCUUUGGUUUUCAGAAGCCGCCAGUGGGUUCCAGUGUGUUGUGUUAUGAUAUCAAUGAUUUUUUUUAUUAUAUUGUUUUUCUUCUUGUUUUUUUUUAUAUUAUAUAUUUAAAAGGCAGUAUCUUUUGUACUGUGAAUUUGCAGUAGAAGAUGCAGAAUGCACUUUUUUUUUUUUUUUUACUUCUGUUGGUGUGUACUGUAUAUAGUCUGUGUGCUUCUUGUGAUGAAAAUAAACUUUUUCUUUAUAAAUG